AUUCAGUGCCCACUGUUGUGCCAGUUAAUUUGGUGCCUGCUGUCGAGCUUGGUGACCCGGUACCCGCGGUUCUGCUAGAUGGCUCGGUGCCCGCUGACAUGCCGGUGACUCGGUGCCCGCUGACUUGCCAGAUGGCUCGGUCCCCGCUGACAUGCCCGGUGACUCGGUGCCCGCUGACUUGCCAGGUGACUCUGUGCCUGCGGUUCUGCUAGAUGGCUCGGUGCCCGCUGUCGUGCCCGGUGACUCGGUGCCCGCUGUCGUGCCAGAUGACUCAGUGCCCGCUGACGUGCCUCUGCCCGCUGCACAGCCCGACAUGCCAGCCCCUGAUGUCCAGCUAAACUGGCCAAUAAACUGAUUCCCAGCCUGCUCCUGGAAAUCCUGUGCCCAGUGACCUGCCU